AUGGGGAAAUCUAAGACAGUGGUGAUCACAUUCAAGAGGACCGAGAUUCCCAGGUCUAUCGAAUUUGAUUGGAACCGGAUCCCCUGCCUCAUCUACAAGAAAACCGAGGCGGCCUGUCUCAACGGCGGGAAGGUCGACAAAAGUGGUAUGUUCGGUGUCCUUCCCGAGACAGUGUUCAGAAGAAAGGCAGACGAAGCCCUCGGCGCACUCUUUAUUGAAUGGAAAGGGAACAUUAAGAAAAUUAAGAAGAAUAUUGUUGAAAUCUUCAAGGAAGAUGAGAUGGAUAAUUUGGCAAAACAAGUAGUUAACCAAACAAGGUCUUCGUUAAGUCUAAAAUUUUUUUUGAAAGAUCACAAACCGGAUAUGCCUUUUCGCACAGUAAUCAACGAAUUCGGAACGUGGCAGUGUAGCGUCUCGAAAUUUUUGCAAAGAGGGUUGAAUGUAAUUCAACUGGAGGGGAGUCUUUCACUGAGAAAUUCAGAGGCACUAAUUGAUGUUCUAGAGGGCUUUCAUGGAAGACAAUGCACUGUAAUGUCAAUGGACAUUAAGGACCUAUACUAUUCGCUUGAGAAAGUGCGCUUGAUGCAAAGAGUUCGGCAAGUGUUAGAGUUAAACCUGGUAAACUUUCAGUCCAGGACGGGCAUCGCCGUCGACAGUUUCCUUUCACUUCUUGAUUUGUACCUUCAAGCAACAGUUGUUGAAUAUAAUGGGCAGAAAUAUGUUCAAAAAGAUGGUGUAUGCAUUGGAUCUUCGGUGGCUUCGAUGUUAGCAGAAAUCUAUCUUAACACCUUAGAUAGUAGCGUAAGUGAAACACUUAAAGAAAAUAACUUGAAUGGGUGCAUUGUUAAAAGGUACGUGGAUGAUAUUUUUAUUUGCGCUUUUCGAGAGAAUGAGGCUCAGGUUUUGGAAUCGAUUAUAAAAACAGCAGCUCCGGAGCUUAGGUUUACAACUGAAAAACCUGAAAAUGGGAUCCUGCAGUUUCUAGAUUUACGCGUACAUGUCGAAGAAGGUCUUUGUUGGGAAUACGGGAAAAAAGCCGGAAAACCUGUGUUAAGUAGAAAGAGUUGUCACGCCAAGUCGGUUAAAGCAGGGGUAGUUAAGUCCUUAGUAACAAACGCGUUGGGUAAAUCAUGCGCUCAUUUUAUGAGUAGUGCUGUGAAAGAACAGUGGAGGAGGCUAGAAUCUGCCGGUUAUGAAGAAGAAUUCAUUAAAAGACAAUUAGAACUGAAAUUUAACAACGAACCACGGGAAAAGGAAGCAAGAAAGAAGAUAGCAGUAAUCCCGUAUUUCCACGGGAUUUCCCACAACCUAAAGGCUCUCGCAAAAAAGUUCGGCGUGGACGUAGUUUUUUCUUCAGAUUUAAAAUUGAGCAGGUUGACGCCCUUUCUGUCGGACCACAAGGGUUGUCAGAAGGCCCAUCGGGAACCUUCAGUUCCUUGCAAAGAGAGUGUAGUGUAUGAGAUUCCGUUGACAUGUGGAUUUAAGUACGUGGGACAAACUUCAAGAUGCCUUAAUGACAGGUUACUAGAACACCAGAGAAAUGUACGCACGCAUGCGCCGAACUCCGAAAUAGCAAAGCACAUAGAGGAAUGCAAUAAUUGUAAUGCGCAUUGGUCAGAGACAGAAGUUCUGCAUAAAGAGCGAAAUGACAUUAAGAGGGUCGUUAAAGAAACAAUAAGAAUAAGUUCUAUCGGAAACUGCAUAAGCCAAGCAUCGAUGCAACUUGGACGCAACUCCAAAAAGUUUCUCAGACUUUGAACGAACGCAUUCGGUUUACGAGAAGAAGG